AGGAGCAACGUCCGUGCGCAAUUCGGAGACCGCUAUUCCUCAGAUUUUUUUAUUAAUAUGACCUCAUACGUCCCUUAAACCCGAAGGAAGUAGGCGCUCAUUGGGCGCCUGAGAUGCAGCUAUGGAGCGAAUUAUUCGUAUUAUAAUAGCAGCAUUGAGACGUAUGUCCCGUCCAAGUGCUGCCGCGUCACUGGCCUAUUUUUGUUUAAAAAUCACUUCGCAAGACACAAUAAAACACCCAAAUGUCCGCGUUCCGCGUGCGUAAUGGCUCGCCACUCCAGUCCGGGUUUUCCGUGUGAGGCGCGCCGGAGCCCUGGAGGUGGAUAAGCUGGUGGAGCCCGCUCUCUCUCAUGCCAUGCUGGGCCACAAGGGCUCCGGGAGACGCUGCUACACAUUACCGAGAACCGGGAUGGAGGAGAGGCGGAGGGGGGACGAGAAAAGUUUCGCUUAAACCUGGCACAGAAACUUUCGACAUGAAGCCUCGCUGACGCGCCGUCUCGCCACCACUAGCGCUAGAGCAAAGCUUGCCUUUCCACUCAAUCCAUUUUUCGCCCGUGCAGUUUGUGUGUUUUCUUCCCGUCCGCGGGUUAUUUGCCGUGCGCACGGCUGGUCGGGGCUCGCUGUCAUCGUGCGCUGAGAUGUUGGAGUGACCAUGGCUGCGCAAGUGGCAUCGGCUCCGACCAGAACUAAUAACAAAAAUAAAAAAUUAGCCAGCGGUUUGGGUCCUGAGCUGAAUUCGGGGAAAUCCGGCGGAGGAGGAGGGACCGUACAGCGAACUGGACCGAUGCUUGGUGCCGGAGAUGGGACUCUGAAUAAUGUAGACCAUCACCGCAGGAGCGAGCUCAACAUGGUCCAUUCAACUUCCACGACUCACGGCGCUCCGGACGGCCACGAUAAAGAUGGGAAUAAUCUCGCGCCCGGCUCCGCGUCGACUAAUUCAACCACUUCCUCGAUGGAAACGGGUUUGAUCGCGAACCACAAGCUGAAAUGUGCGGGAAGCGGAGAUCCCCCCCAGCCGCAGCCGCUGCCGCAGCAGCAGCAGCAGCCGCCGCAGUUCGGCCAAUUUGCGCCACAUCAGCAGCGGCAGAUCCAAAGUAACAACAGCGCCAGCAACAACGGCCAGGGGCCCCGUGGGGACAGAGGUAUGGAUCACCCGCACCACGGUGGCAAAGAGAACCUUUUGGGGGGGCAGGAGGAGCCACAGCAGCUCAUGCCGGGGAAAGGUGAGGGAGACCUCACCUGUAAACCCGCGGAGAGGAUGAUGGGUACCAGGUAUGAACAUUCAAACUUGGGGCCGACUAACAACUCUGAGUUUAAUAACAACUAUUACACUCCUAGGCCCUGUUAUGAGCAACAUGGCGGACAGCAGCAACACAGCAGUGGGAUGGGAAUAACGCACUCCUCGGCACAUAACAGCAUGGAGAACUCUCACGAAGCAGGGUACCACAACAGCCAGUAUAACCAGUACCCGGCGUACCGGGCGGGCUACGGCGGCGGGGCCUACAGUAUGAUGGGCCCGUCUGGGUGCCGACAGCCCGGGAGCAUGAUGAUGGGCAGCAACUCGUCAGCAAGCCACGGGAAGUCCCCCCUGGGAGCGGGUUCGGGUGGCUUUCAGAGGUUCCCCGGACAAACCCCACAGCAGCAUCCGUCGGGGGCCACGCCGACCCUGAACCAGCUGCUCACGUCCCCCAGCCCCAUGAUGCGGGGUUACGGCGGCGCCUACCCAGAGUACAGCGGGCCGGCCGCGCAGCAGCAAGCCGCAAUGGGCCUGGGCAAAGACGCGGGGCCCCAGUACGGAGCCGCGUCGUCCCACGGCUGGGCUGGACAGCAGAGAAACCACCCGCACUCAAUGAGCCAAGGGAGCGGCGGCCAGGGCAGAACGCAGGUGUCCUCCAUGGACUUCAUGGCUAUGAAGCGCUCGCAGCUGUACGGCAUGGCCAACAACCCCUACUCGGCCCCACAGCAGCCAGGCGGUGGACCCUACCCCCCCACUCAGCCAUACACAUCGCCUCCUCCUCACCGGUAUCCAAUGAGCUUGCAGGGCAGGGGACAAAUGGGCAUGGGCGGGAUGCAGUACCCUCAACAGCAGCAGGUGGCGCCGUACGGCCAGCAGGGGAUAGCGGGUUACAGCCAGCAACAGGCGGGGCAGCAGGGCACCCCUCCGUACUUCAGCCCCCCCCAGCAAACCCCUCCAGGCUUGACUCAGAGUCCCUACCUGCAGCCGAGACCACCGCCUCAACAGGAGAGCCAGCAGGAGAGCUACAGCGCCAGGGGCCCGGCCCCAGGGAGUUCUGGAAAGGCCAACAACGAGGACGGCGUCAACCAGGAUCGCCCUUCCAGUCUGCCGGAUCUGUCCGGCUCCAUCGACGACCUCCCCACCGGCACAGAGGUGGGCCUGGGCUCAGCCGCCGGCGCCGCCGGCUCGUCCAGCAGCAGCAGCAGCAGCAGCCACGGGGAGCAGGGAGGGCCCGGCAACCAGGGCCAGUCGCCCUUCUCCCCCCACGCCUCCCCCCACCUCCCCAGCCAGAGGAGCGGGCCCUCCCCCUCCCCCGUGGGCUCGCCCGCGGGCUCCACGCAGUCCCAGCAGUCCCGCUCUGGCUCGGGGCCCAUCUCGCCCGCCGCCGGCCCCUCCGCCAGCGCCGCCGCGCCAGGUUCCACCGUUGGCCCACAGAGCUCUGGAAACGGACCAGACGGAGCCCACCCACCCAUACACUCACCCAUGGCUCAGGAGAGAGGGUUUAUGGCCAACGUGCAGAGGAACCAGGCUGGCUCCCAGUUUGCCUCUUCUCAAUCUGGGCCGUCCAUAUCCCCACACCCUUCUCCAGGGGGCCCAUUGUACCCGGGGAUGAGUUCCUACUCCCAGAGUGGCCCUACAGGCCCCUACGGAGGUCAAGGAUCACAAUACGGACACCAAGGUAACUACCCUCGGCCUCCCAGCUACGGUGGGAACGCCAGUACCAGCUACAGCGGCCCCAGCAUGACCAACAGUCUGGGCAUGAACGUGAGCAGCCCCGUGCACGGACAGGGCCCCGGCCAGCCUUUACCCGCGGGACGCGGCCAUGGCCCGGCCAACCACAACCGGGUGUACCCACCCAUGGCUCCCAGCUCCCCCAGCAUCCCCCACACGGCUGGGCCAGGGAUGGGUCCCCCUUCUCUGGGUAGAGAGAACCGCAAGGCCCACGAGGCAGCCAUGUCUGGAUCCUCCAACUCAACACACAGCAGGUGCCCAGCCCAGAUGCAGCCACCCCAAACCACCUGCACCCACUGGCCUGCAUCCACCUCUGCCUCCACCUGUCCGUCACGUUCAUCCCUUCACCCACCCAUCCUGUCACGCUCGCAUUUACCGCUUCAUAGGCAGGGCAGCUACCAAGGGCCCGGCAUCAGCCAGGCGAGCGCCAUCGUUUCCUACAACCAGACGGCGGGCAACAACAAUGUCCAAGGUCCGGUCUACAAUGUGCCGCCUUCAGGACCCAUGGGGGUGUCAGGAGAUGGCAUGAUGAGCCCGGAUGGGAAACCUAAACUGGACAUGAAGGACGACAGCGGCGCCACCAUUGAGCCCCUCAAACCAAAGCUACAGGACGGCUACAGCAACAGCAGCAGCUCCCAGCAGUGUGUGUCCCAGCCGGCUACGCCAGGCGGCGCACUGCCUGUGCCCUCCCCCCUGUCCCCCAGCCCGGCCAGCCUGUCCUCCUACCACGGUGACGACAGCGACAGCAUCAGCAGCCCCCCUUGGCCUCUGAAGACCCCCUCCAGCCCCAAAACCAACCCCAACCCUUCCGAGCGGAUCGCACGCCUUUACGAGCUGGGUGUGGAGCCCGAGCGGCGCGGCUGGGUGGAGCGGUAUCUGACCUUCAUGGACGAGAGGGGAACGCCUGUCGCACAGCUGCCCGCUGUGGGCAAGAAGCCGCUGGACCUGUGGAAGCUCUACGUGGCUGUGCGGGAGAUAGGAGGCCUGGCCAUGGUGAACAAGAACAAGAAGUGGCGCGAGCUAUCCACCGCCCUGAACGUCGGUACGUCCAGCAGCUCCGCCAGCUCGCUCAAGAAGCAGUACAUCCAGUACCUGUUCGCCUACGAGUGCAAGAUGGAGCGGGGCGAGGAGCCGCCGGCCGACAGCUGCAGCAGCAGCGGCGGCAGCGUGGCCGGAGGGGACAACAGGAAGCAGGUCAAGAUCCAGCCCCCCUCACCUGCAAACUCAGGGGGCUCCCUCCAAGGCCCGCAGACGCCCCAGUCCUCCAGUAGCAGCUCCACCGCAGAGGCACCAGGGGAGCUGAAACCCCCCACACCUGCCACCACCCCACUGGGACAGGUCACACCACUGCCCCCCAACAGGAGCAGUGUUAGCAUACAGGACCCCUUCUCGGAGGUAAAUGACCCCGCCUUCCAGAAGCGGGCUACCUCCCUGCCUCCCUCAGCGCCGUACCAGCAGGGCCUCGGCAUGCCUGACAUGAUGAUGAGGAUGCAGUACGACGCCAAGGACCCCUUCGCCGGGAUGAGAAAGAUGGCAGGAGCUGAUCCCUACAUGCCAGGCCAGAUGCCUGGUAUGCAGGACAUGUACGGUCGACCGCCUUCAGCCCUGAGCAUGAACCAAAGGUCACAGUACCCAUAUGGGCCAGGCUAUGACAGAAGACCGGAUCAUGUGAUGGGGAUGGAGGGGAACAUGGGUCCACCUGGGAGCCAGAACAACAUGGGGCCUUCAAAUAGUGAUGGGAGCUUGUAUUCGCCCAGCAGAUACCCUUCACAGCCAAGACACGAUGGCUAUGGUCAGCAGUAUCCUGGUAUGCCAUAUGGCAUGCAUCCUUCAGGGAUGUACCCACAGCAGCAGGGUUACAAGCGACCCAUGGAUGGUAUGUAUGGCCCCCCACCCAAGAGGCACGAGAGCGACAUGUAUGCUAUGCAGUACAGCCAACAGCCAGACAUGUACAACCACUAUGGCGGUGGGUACUCAGGUCCCGAACACAGACCCAUCCAGGGGCAGUUUCCCUACCCCUACCCCCGUGACAGGAUGGCUCCCUCGGGACAGAGCCAGCACAGUAUGAUGGGUGGGGGGCCCACUCCCAACCACGCUGCCGACGGCCCCAACAUGUGGCCUUCCAGGACGGACCUGGGCUACCCCUACCCCAACCGACAGGGGCCGCCAUCCCAAAUGCUUUACGACAUGGACUGUCGGCCCGGGCAGGAGCAGUGGCACCGUCAGUCUCCCUACAUGUCAUCGUCAGGGGGCAUGACACCCCUGUCGUCACGCCAGCCGUCGUCAUAUGCCAACUCCGCCUCUAUGGUGAACCACCUUCCCAGAGCCCCCAGCCCUGGGGCCUUCCAGCGCUCUAUGGACUCUCGGAUGUCGCCCAGCAAAGCACCGUUCAUGUCGCCCAUGAAGAUGCCUAAACCUGGGAUGGCCAUGAUGGGCUCACAGAGCAGCGUACCCCUUGGUCAGUUCCCCCCCAACCUGAGACAGCACCUCAACUACCCUCCAGGAUCAGUGGAGGCCACCAUGCCGGUUCUCAAGACUCGACGCAAGCUUACCUCCAAGGACACCGGGAUGCCUGAGGCCUGGCGUGUGAUGAUGUCUCUGAAGUCUGGCCUGCUGGCGGAGAGCACAUGGGCUCUCGACACUAUCAACAUACUGCUGUAUGAUGACAGCACCGUGACCUCCUUUAACCUCUCACAGUUGCCUGGCUUCCUUGAGCUCAUUGUGGAACACUUCCGUCGUUGCCUGAUUGAGAUCUUUGGCAUCCUGGAAGAGUUUGAGGUGGGGACUGUGGCUAAUAAAAAUCUUUCGGAUAUUCCGUCUAAGCGGGAAAACAAAUCCAUCACUGACCCGGAUACAGAUUCUUCUGCUGAAGCGGAGUCUGACUCUUCUCCGGCAGCAGAGGUGCAUGUGGAGGACGCUUUGCCCAUCACUGCCGACCCAGUGUCAGCUGAGGUGAAUGGUGUGAAGGGGGAGCCUGAGGUGAGCAUAAAGGAGGACAGGGAUGAAGAAGACGCAAAGGAAGAAGUGGAGAGUAAAAAGGAAUCUGUGGAGCAGCCUGUCACAGAGUUAGAACCUAAACCCAAACAAGCCAGCAAGUACGAUAAGCUCCCCAUCAAGAUCGUCCACAAAGACGAGUUGGCUGAAGACAUAACAGAGGGCUUAGGUUAUAUCACGGAGUUCACAAGUGGGCUGCUGCAUUGGCAAGCUGGUGGCGGUGAUUCUACCGCACACAUUCAGACACACUUUGAACCCCGAACCGAAGCGCUUACCACGGUAGAUCCGAAAAUAAGGAAGCAGAACAAGAUGAACGAAGGCAGACAGAAAGAACCGCUGAAACGUAUCACUGCUACAAUUGAUGACGUCUUGUGUGCUCGGGUCGAUGCCCUGUCCUACGCCCAUCCGGCUCGCUCCUUGCCCUCCUACCCCUUCAGGGUGCACUCAGAUGGGGAACAGGACCACAUCACCCUGCUGGAGGAUGAGCCCCGCUGCCUGGACGAGGCGCCCCUCUCCACAGUGUCCGCGUGGCAGGACGCGCUGUCCAAGCGGUGCCUCUGCGUCUCCAACAUCGUUCGGAGCCUGUCCUUUAUACCAAGGAAUGACUUGGAAAUGUCGCGCCACCCUGCGCUCGUUCUUCUGCUGGGCAGGCUCCUCACGCUGCACCACCAGCACCCAGAGAGAAACAGGUCGCCCCCCAGCUACAAGAGAGGCGAACAGCAGGAGCAGGGGCUGUCAAGUAGCAAGGAGGAGUGGUGGUGGGAGUGUCUGGGUCUGCUCAGGGAGAACGCCAUGGUCACGUUGGCCAACAUCUCCGGCCAACUGGAUCUCUCACCCUACCCAGACACUAUCUGCCUCCCCAUCCUGGAUGGCCUUCUCCACUGGAUGGUAUGCCCUUCGGCUGAAGCCCAGGACCCCUUCCCAUCAGCGCCCCCACAUUCCCAGCUCACUCCCCAGAGGCUGGUGCUGGAGUGCCUCUGCAAGCUGAGCAUCCAGGACGGCAACGUGGACCUGCUGCUGGCCACGCCGCCCUUCAGUCGCCAGGAGAAACUCUUCACCGUGCUGGUGCGUUACGUUGGUCAGAGGAAGGCCCAGGUGUACAGGGAGAUGGCGGUGGCCGUCCUCUCGCACCUGGCGCAAGGCGACCCCACGGCGGCGCGCGCCAUCGCCAUGCAGAAGAGCAGCGUGGCUAAUUUGGUAGGCUUCUUGGAGGACGGCGUCAGCAUGGCACAGUACCAGCAGAACCCUCACAGCUUGCUGCACAUGGGGCACCCGCCCAUGGACCCGCCGAGCAUAAACAUGAUGUGCCGAGCAGCCAAGGGCCUGUUGGCCAUGGCUAAGGUGGAGGAGAACAAGACAGAGUUUGUGCUGUACGAAAGCCGGCUAUUAGACAUCUCCAUUUCCUCUGUGCUCAACACAGGGGUGGUGGCCAUUAUUUGCCAAGUUCUCUUCCACUUAGGGAAAUUAUGACAGGAGGAGAGGCAGGACUCACACAGCAAACACUAAGGUGGACAAGAUAUUUUUUAUUUAUCAAAAAGACAAAAGACGGUUGUUUUUUUAAAAGAAAUAUCCACAUAAACAAAAUAUCUAUAUAUGUAUAGCUUGUGAGUCCUUCGAAACCAGUGGGUUUGACGUUUGAAAGCUCAUUUUAAUACAGAUGUUUAAUACCUGCUGGUGUCGGAUUGCUAUGUUUGAUAUUCUGUUCGGCAUUUGUUUUAGGUUCGUUUACGUUCUUCAGCCAAAGCUGCCACCAGAGUUUGGUGCUUGAUUACGUGGUUCCUUUUGAGUUGACAAGUCGUUGAGGUGUUUUUCAGUUUUAUAAGUGCUUAUAUACUCAUCGACAUUUUGUUAAUGGAGAGUAUUUAUUUAAAAUGUGACACUGUACAGUAGUUUGAACUUUUUUGCCAACAGCUGUGGGUGGGGGUGGGAGGGAGGGAGGGAGGGAGAAAACACUGACUUUUUAAACUGAAACGUAUAUGUCUCCAUCGCUGGAAGAUAACAAUAGUGCAAUAGGACUUAGGGGAAUUCGUCCCUUUCCAGAACAAGAUGUAAAUGUUUGAGGACAGUUGCAGUGUGUGCUUUAGGCCACGAGGGGGCAGCAUUGUACCAGCCAAUCAACAUGCGACAACAGCGCCUGUCAACAGAAACAUCUAAUUGAACCACUUUCACAGAUGAACUUUGUGUUUCCUAGGCACUUGUGUUAUGUCUGUAUUUUUUCAUUAAUGUGUAUAUAAACCGUUGUACAAUGGUGUUGUACACAUGAUUCCCUUGGUCUCAGUCACGCAUAGCAACAGAUGGGACACUUGGACUAUUACAACAAAUGCUUUUAUUGUUGGUAAAGUUUGUUAUUGUUAUUACACAUAUUUUGUUAAUGGGGUCAAAUAUUUGAACAUGGCAGAUGUAACUGAUGUUUCAAUGUAAAAACUCCCUGUAUGCAUUGUAUUAUAGCUGAAAAAACAAUCGCUUUGGUAAUCGAACAUGGAAUGGCUGGGAUGAGCUACGUCUUUGUUACAUAAGAGAACUGAACACAUUUCUGUUUGUUACUGUCCUCCAUUCAUGUCAAUGGGCAUAUUUUCGAGACUCGAUAACACUCUUAAAGAAAACAUCUGAAAGCAUUCUUCAAAAUGUCCUAAUAGCUCAUUGUAAAAUUAGCCUUUUUUCAUAUGUCUCUCUUUUAUUCAGUAUACACAUUUAUAUUCUGUGCUGCACAUGUCACAAAUAAAUGUACGAUGAACAUCGUUAAGCACCGGAGACGUCGCAUUAUGUCCAGACAAUCUUAGGCCAAUAAAACAAACAUCAGCUGCUUUAA